AUGUCGACUGAAUCCCCGAAAGGGGACUGUCUUGUUGCUCGAGCGGUUCCACUUAUGGAUCCCGCUGAGCAACUCUCGCAGCAUCUUGAGAAACUGCGAAUCGAGGAAGCAAAUCGUCGAAAAAAUUUGAAGUAUGAGGCGGUGAACAGCGUGAGUCCAGCGGAUUUUGUAACCCUCCAGAGUAUUCGAUCAUCAGCAUUGGCACGAAAAACUAACACAACGUCAAAACUUUCACGAAACGGACCCGCACUUUUAGGAGACCUUCUCAACACACAUGCAAUAAAGGGAGACAAGAAGCAAACAAAGUCGGCAGGCGAGAAAAACGAAAAGACAACAACUACCGACGAAAAUUCAAAUGAGAGGAACGAUGAGAAGAAUAUUGAAGGCGGUCGGAAGAGGGAUUCGAAGAAGGACAUAAAAGAGAAAAGAGCUGAAGAGAUCGACAGCGACCUGCUUUCUCGUGGUCCCGUUCGGCAUGUUCGCCCGUCACCGCCAACCCAUCCAUAUCAUUACGGCCAAAUUCCCUAUGGCACAGCUCCGCAAACUGAGAUCACCGAUAUUUCAAUGUACAUUGGAUAUGGAAAUGGAUACGAAUGCGGAAGCACGUGGAACUAUAAUCUUUUGAACGGGUCGCAUUCAGCCUCAACAACGCCGGACACAGUGUCUUCGGAAGGCUAUAAUUCGUCAUCACCGUCUCAAGACAGUCCAAAGGCGACGCGGCAGGACUUGAUUGAAAAAUUGCAGAGCACAGGUGAGAAUUUUUUGUCCGACGACAACGAGCUGCCGGAGAGCCUUCAAGAUUUCAUACUACAAUAUUCGAAUCAGUACACGAAAGAAGAAGGCUCCCGAAUUCGGCCACCAUCGACUGAUUCGGGAGUUUCAUCGCCAAUGUCGGCGCGAUAUGCUCCAUACGAUAGUCCGCAGAUACCACAAGGAACCAGCAGCAGUGGACCUAAUACUCCAUCACAAACCCGCCUAAGUCCAAGAUCCUCAGAUGGUAACACAGCGAAAGCCCGACUUCAUGCGCUCAUCAAAGAAAAAGAUUUGGCGAGUGGUUUCCAUUGGGCCGUCACAUGCGCUACAGCGUCAUCGCAGCUCUCUCGCGAUAACGACGGUGACACACCGCUUCACAUUGUUGCCGCGCACAUGGAUUUGGCAAAAAUUUAUGCGCUUUGCGAAACUCUCAGAAAAACGAAAAAGGACAAUGAGAAUCCAUUCGAUGUUACCAAUAAAUACAAUGAGACACCAUUGUACAUCGCCGCGGUUCAGGGAAACGUUGAGGUAGUUGAAUACUUGUUGGAGCUCGGAGCUGACCCAAACGCCUACACCACACGCGGUGAGCGAACAACUGCUCUUCAUCAAGUUGCCAUUCGCGGAAACAUGGAAAUGCUCAAUACUCUUAUCAAUAGCCGUGGAAUCCGAUUGAACGAUAUGAAUGGUCGAGGUGAGACCACGGUUCUCCACGCCGUCAGGAUGAACGGAAUCGUCGACGAGCACAGCGGCGAGCCGCUUGACACCAGAGAAGUCAUUGGACAAUUGUUGCGCGCUGGAGCCGAUCCGAGCAUCGCGGAAAACAUCACCGGAAAAACCAUUGUUCACUAUGCUGUCAAUCGCAUGGACGUCGAUAUGCUUGAUUAUCUCAAAUCAUUGGUCGAUGAUGAUGUGUUCACGGAGCUCGCGAAUCGCGCCGAUUUCCACGGUGACACCGCUGUUGAUAUUCUGUGCAGCUCAUUGCCAUCGGAGCCAACAGACCCAAAAGUGCGUCAAGAAGUUUACAUUCGCCUCUUGGCUUCCGGUGCCAUUGGAAAUAUGUCGCGCGCAUAA